GGAAAGCCAGCUGGCUCAGGCCAGAAAACAGCAAGUGGCGAAGAAAAGCACCUCGUUCCUGCGUCCCGGCUCGGCCGGGUCCCCUCCUUCCUCUCCUGUCCUGAGCGAAACGCCUCCGGUUGGCCGGACAGGAGUGACCCAGCAGUUCAGGUUCUCCGGGGCGCAACCCACGGCGGGCCCCCUCCCGUCCUUCCACAGCAUGAUGGAGCGUGUCCCCAGCGAGGCCUCCUACCGGGCCCCCGUGGAGAAGCUCUUCUACCUGCCCCACGUCUGCAGCUACAAGUGCCUGAGCCGGGUGCGGCCCCUCCGCCCCGACCUCCACCGCAGCCGCAACCCGCUCCUCAUCCCGCUGCUCUACGACUUCCGCCGCAUGACGGCCCGCCGGCGGAUCAACCGCAAGACGGGCUUCCACGUCAUCUACAAGACGCCCUGCGGCCUCUGCCUGCGCAGCAUGAACGAGAUUGAGCGCUACCUCUUCGAGACAGACUGCGACUUCCUCUUCCUGGAGAUGUUCUGCCUGGACCCCUACGUGCUGGUGGACCGCAAGUUCCAGCCGUACAAGCCCUUCUACUACAUCGCGGACAUCACCAAGGGCCAGGAGGACGUGCCCCUCUCCUGCGUCAACGAGAUCGACAGCACCCCGCCGCCCCAGGUGGCCUACAGCAAGGAGCGGAUCCCGGGGAAAGGGGUCUUCAUCAACACCAGCUGGGAGUUCCUGGUGGGCUGCGACUGCCAGGACGGCUGCAGGGACAA